AUGCCCAUCCUAGAGAGAACGAGGGUUGACAAGCACAGCUCCGACACUGGCUGGAUAGCGACUGGGGCGAUCAUCGGCGCACUCCUCCUCGGCUCGGUGACAUGGUUGAUCUGGUACCGCGCGCGCGUCAACAGUCGACGGGAGAACCAGGCUGCGGCAGCAGAGUUCGGCCAGGAGGUUGUGGAUGCGUGGGAUCCCAGGGACGAGGACGUCAAGUACGAUCCUCAUGACAAGACCGAAGAGUAUACCCCGUCCAGGGUGCCGGUCAGUUCCUUCACUCGGAGGGGACAGCGAGGUGCGGACAAGGUGGCACUGGUGGAGGACAAGGAGGACAAGGUGGCACUGUUGAAGGACAAGGAGGACAAGGUGGCGCGCGGGGAGGAGGAAGAGGAAGGGAUCGACAUGGGUAAGAUGUAA